AUGGCUUUCUUGCAGUCAUAUUUGUUGUUUGUGGUUAUGUUUUCAUUCUUCACUCCAACUGAUGGACACUUUAUCACCAUCCUCGACCUUUGUUAUUACAGAGGGGAAGAUCCACACGAUGUGGAGUACGUCUGGAGAGCUAUUUCAGACAUGGUGAAGGUCAUGGAAUACAACAGCACUCUCAAUAGAUUUACUGGUUACACACCCUUUGGGAUACAUAACGCUGAGCAAUUAAACGCAGAUCCCGUGGUCCUGGCAUCGUUUCAAACUCCACUUCAUUUCUUCUGCAAACAUUAUGGUGCCCUCGCCUACGAAGCUGGAAUAAACAACAAUGUUGAGCCCUCCGUCCAUCUGAGGUCCAUGACGCCCCACAGUGACAGACACCCCUCCAUGUUGACGUGCAGCGCCUACAAGUUCUACCCCAAACAGAUCAGGGUGACCUGGUUGAGGAAUGGACAGGAAGUGACCUCAAACAUGACUUCCUCUGAGGAGCUAGCCAAUGGCGACUGGCACUAUCAGAUCCACUCCUACCUGGAGUACACUCCCACACCUGGAGAGAAGAUCUCCUGCAUGGUGGAGCAUGCCAGCUUCACUGAACCAAAGAUCCUCCACUGGGACAUGUCUCUGCCAGGGUCUGAGAGGACUAAGAUAGCCAUCGGGGCAUCUGGGCUGGUGCUGGGGCUGGUCUUCGCUGCAGCUGGUCUCCUCUACUACAACAGGAGGAAGACCACUAGUGGUGAUGGUGAGUAUAAGAUUAUAUUGUCGGCGGUUGGCUCCGAAUUUGACCUGCGGACACUGAGAGCAGUCAGGGUUCUGCGACCACUUAAGUUGGUGUCAGGGAUUCCCAGCCUGCAGGUGGUACUCAAGUCCAUCAUGAAGGCUAUGAUCCCCCUGCUGCAGAUCGGACUGCUUCUCUUUGUGGCCAUUCUGAUGUUCGCCAUCAUCGGCCUUGAGUUCUAUAUGGGAAAGUUCCACACCACCUGUUUCGACAUCGCCACUGGUAAUAUUUAUGAUGAGUUGCCAUGCGGUACAGAGUUACCGUCCAGAUUGUGUCCUAAUGGGACCACGUGUAAAGGCUAUUGGCUGGGGCCCAACUAUGGGAUCACCCAAUUCGACAACAUUCUCUUUGCUGUCCUCACUGUAUUCCAAUGUAUCACCAUGGAGGGUUGGACCGACAUGUUAUACUAUAGUAAUGAUGUAGAGGGAAGUGCCUGGAACUGGAUGUACUACAUCCCCCUCAUCAUCAUCGGGUCCUUCUUCAUGUUAAAUCUGGUGCUGGGCGUCCUCUCAGGAGAGUUUGCCAAAGAGAGAGAGCGAGUGGAGAACCGUGCAGAGUUCCUCAAAUUGAGACGCCAGCAACAAAUAGAGAGAGAGCUAAACGGUUAUCUAGAAUGGAUCUGUAAAGCAGAGGAGGUCCUUCUGAAUGAGGAUGGAGACCCGUUUGGCCGAGGUGGUCUACAGGAUGGGUCCAACUACAAUAGGAACGAGCGGCGGAUCCGGUUCUUCAUCCGUAAGAUGGUGAAGACUCAGGCCUUCUACUGGACCGUACUGAGUCUGGUGGGCCUCAACACCAUGUGUGUGGCGGUGGUACACUAUGAACAGCCUGAUAUCCUCUCCGACUUUCUCUUCUAUGCAGAGUUUAUAUUCUUGGGCCUGUUCAUGUCAGAGAUGUGUAUUAAGAUGUAUGGCUUGGGGACUAGGCCCUACUUCAACUCCUCCUUCAACUGCUUUGACUGUGUUGUGAUCGUGGGCAGUAUAUUUGAGGUGAUAUACGCGGUCAUUAAGCCAGGGACAUCGUUUGGCAUCAGUGUGUUAAGAGCCCUCCGACUCCUCAGGAUCUUCAAAGUCACCAAGUACUGGGCCCCUCUACGUAACUUGGUGGUAUCAUUACUCAACUCUAUGAAGUCCAUCAUCAGUUUGCUCUUCCUCCUCUUCCUCUUCAUUGUCGUCUUUGCCCUUUUGGGCAUGCAGCUCUUCGGUGGACAAUUCAACUUUGAAGGUGGCACGCCGGCCACCAACUUUGACACCUUUCCUGCAGCUAUAAUGACAGUAUUUCAGAUCCUGACGGGUGAAGACUGGAACAUGGUGAUGUAUGAUGGGAUCAAGUCUCAGGGAGGAGUUAACGGUGGAAUGGCCUACUCCGUCUUCUUCAUAGUGCUCACACUCUUCGGCAACUACACCCUGCUGAAUGUGUUCUUAGCUAUCGCCGUGGACAAUCUGGCCAAUGCUCAGGAGUUGACCAAGGAUGAGGAGGAGCAAGAAGAGGCAGCUAAUGCCAAGACAACCCUGCAGAAGGCCAAGGAGGUGGCUGAAGUUAGUCCUCUGUCUGCCGCUAACCUCUCCAUCGCUGCUAAGGAGCAGCAGAAGAAUAACAAGGCUGGUGGUAAAUCAGUGUGGGAACAGAGGACCAGUGAGAUAAGGAGACAGAAUCUGAUGACCAGCAGAGAGGCCCUGUACAACGAGAUGGACACGGAGGACUGGAAGGUGUCGUACCCCCAUCGUGCGGGGGACAUGAAGACCCACCUGGACCGUCCGCUGGUGGUCAACCCCCAGGACAACCGCAACAACAACACCAACAAGACCCGGCCCGGAGAGCCCCCUCUAGACCCGCAGGACACCCUGGGUCACCAGAGGGCUGAAGAAUACAUCAGACGCCAGGCCUGCUACCAUCAGAGGAACAGGGGGGGCGAACCAAGGGGAGUUAGUGGCCCAGAGAGAGAGGCCCGUCUGGGAGACCACCACUGCAGUGGCCCCAACCUCUCCACCGCUCGGCCCAUCCUCAGACAGGACAGUCAGUACAGGGAAGACCUAGACAACCUCCUCAACAACAGCAAACUACACGACCACACCCUCCACCCGCUGCCCCCGGGCCACCCUGACCUUGUGAAUAACCUCCUGAACCGCAGUGUGACAGCAGACACACAGCACCAUAGUAUGGACAGUCUAAUUCUGACCAGUAUGGCCAAGCCGGCUCAUACGGUCGUGGAUAUGAUGCCUCCUGUCUAUCCAUAUCCCUCCACCAAUGCCAUCCUGCAAGUGAACAAGAACGCUAAUACAGACCAGAAAAAGAAGGAUGAGGAGAAGAAGGAGGAAGAGGAGGAUGAAGGGGGCGAUGAAGAUGGUCCCAAACCAAUGCCCCCGUUCAGCUCCUGUUUCAUACUGUCCACCACCAACCCGUUCCGUAGGUGCUGCCACUACAUCCUGACCAGGAAGUACUUUGAGUUCAGUAUCCUGUCUGUGAUCGCCAUGAGCAGCAUCGCCCUGGCUGCAGAAGACCCUGUCUGUCCUGAGUCACCAAGCAACCAAGUGCUGAAAUACUUUGACUAUGUCUUCACGGGCGUCUUCACGUUUGAGAUGUUGAUCAAGAUGGUGGUGCUAGGCCUGUUCUUACAUCAGGGUUCAUACUUCAGGGACCUGUGGAACAUCCUGGACUUUAUAGUGGUUAGUGGUGCUCUGGUGGCCUUCGCCUUCACGGGGAGUGGCAAGGGGAAAGACAUCAGCACAAUCAAGUCUCUGAGAGUACUGAGGGUACUACGACCUCUCAAGACCAUCAAACGACUCCCCAAGCUAAAGGCUGUGUUUGACUGUGUGGUCAACUCCCUGAAGAACGUCCUGAACAUCCUCAUCGUCUACAUGCUCUUCAUGUUUAUAUUUGCUGUGGUGGCCGUGCAGCUGUUCAAAGGAAGAUUCUUCUACUGUACUGACGAGUCCAAAGAGUUUGAGCGCGAUUGCAGGGGAGAGUUUUUGGUGUACGAACGGAAUGAAGUAAAAGCUCAGAAGCGGGAGUGGAAGAAGUACGAUUUCCACUACGACAACGUGCCUUGGGCCCUGCUCACCCUCUUCACUGUGUCCACUGGAGAGGGCUGGCCGCAGGUGUUAAAGCAUUCGGUAGAUGCGACCUAUGAGAAUCAGGGUCCCAGUCCGGGCUACCGGAUGGAGAUGUCCAUCUUUUACGUGGUGUACUUCGUUGUCUUCCCCUUCUUCUUCGUCAAUAUCUUUGUUGCUCUCAUCAUCAUCACCUUCCAAGAACAGGGGGAUAAGAUGAUGGAGGACUACAGUCUGGAAAAGAAUGAGAGAGGAUGUAUAGACUUUGCCAUAAACGCCAAGCCCCUGACCCGCCACAUGCCCAAGAACAAACAGAGCUUCCAGUUCCGAAUGUGGUCGUUUGUGGUGUCCCCACCGUUCGAGUACAGCAUCAUGGGUCUGAUCGCACUCAAUACUAUAGUCCUCAUGAUGAAGUAUAACGGGGCGUCUGACACCUAUGAUAAAGUCCUGAAGAACAUCAACAUCGUCUUCACUACCCUCUUCUUCAUGGAGUGUAUUCUCAAAAUCAUCGCCUUCGGGAUUUUGAAUUAUUUUAAAGACGCAUGGAACAUUUUUGAUUUUGUCUCCGUGCUCGGAAGCUUCACUGAUAUCCUGGUGACAGAAUUUUGGAAUAACUUCAUCAACCUGAGUUUCCUUCGACUGUUUCGAGCGGCUCGUCUCGUCAAGCUACUGAGACAAGGAGAGACUAUACGCAUCCUGCUCUGGACUUUCGUCCAGUCAUUUAAGGCGCUGCCCUAUGUGUGCCUCCUCAUUGGCAUGCUGUUCUUUAUCUACGCCAUCAUUGGGAUGCAGUUGUUUGGUAAUCUGGCACUGGGCGAGGAGGAAGGCAGCGCCAUCAACGAACACAACAACUUCAGGACUUUCAUCAUGGCACUCAUGUUACUAUUCAGGAGUGCGACAGGUGAGGCGUGGCAUGACAUCAUGCUGUCGUGUCUGGGGGGUAAGACGUGUGACCCAGACUCAGGGAACACAGAACCAGAGUGUGGCAGCACCUUCGCAUACACAUACUUCGUCUCCUUCAUCUUCUUCUGUUCUUUCCUGAUGCUCAAUCUGUUUGUGGCUGUCAUCAUGGAUAACUUUGAGUACCUGACCAGAGACUCGUCUAUACUCGGUCCUCAUCACCUGGACGAGUACGUCAGGAUAUGGGCCGAGUAUGACCCCGCUGCCUGCGGGCGCAUACAUUAUAAGGAUAUGUACAGUUUAUUGAGAGUAAUCUCCCCUCCUCUGGGCUUGGGCAAGAAAUGCCCUCAUAGGGUGGCCUGCAAGAGGCUGCUGCGCAUGGACUUGCCGGUUGCCGAGGACAACUCAGUGCAUUUCAACUCCACUCUCAUGGCUCUGAUUCGGACAGCGCUCGAUAUCAAGAUUGCCAAGGGAGGAGCUGACAAACAUCAGAUGGACGCUGAGCUAAGGAAAGAAAUGAUGGCCAUUUGGCCCAACCUCUCUCAGAAGAACCUAGACCUGCUGGUCACGCCACACAAGUCAGCCACAGACUUGACGGUGGGGAAGAUCUACGCUGCCAUGAUGAUCAUGGAGUACUACAGACAGAGCAAGGCCAAGAAGCUCCAGGCCCUACGCGAGGAGCAGAACCGAACACCGUUAAUGUUUCAGCGCAUGGAGCCGCCCUCCCCCGGGGGAGGAGAAGGGGGAGGAGGGGGAGGCCCCGACGGGACGGGAGGAGGGAUGCCAGGGGUCAACGGCCUCCCCGCCACACAGCACGACCCCAACAGCAUACCUCCAGAGGGGGGGAUGACAGAGAGCCAGUCGUGGGUGACAGCUAAAGCUCAGGAGAUGUUUAACAAGACGGGCAACUGGAGCCCAGAGAGACCCUACCCCGACCAUCUCCAUGACAACAGACACAACCCCCAGACCAUAACAGACACCAGCCCCAUGCGUCGGUCCACCUCCUCUCUGGUCCACGGGCGUUCUGGCAGGGAGAGGGGGGUGAGGCUGGAUGACUACAGCCUGGAGAGGGUAGAAGGAGAGGGGAGGCAUGGUGGGGGAGCAGGAGGGGGACAACGCAGGGACAGGAGGGAUAGGAGCCACCGCACCUCUCAGAGGUCCCUGACCAGAUACACAGAUGCAGACACAGGGUUGGGCACAGACCUGAGCACCACCACCCAGUCUGGAGAACUCCCCCCCAAAGAGCGUGAACGUGAACGCGGUCGAGCCAAAGACCGCAGGCACCACCAUCAUCACCACCACCACGGUGGCUCCAUGGAGAAGGAGGGGCGCUUCGGGCCAGACAGACACGGGCCAGAGUUCACCCACAGACACCCCCACGACCAGGGGGACAGACACUGGUCCCGCUCUCCUAGUGAGGGGCCCGACGGACGGGGCCACAGACAGGGCAGUAGCUCGGUGAGCGGCAGCCCCGUCCCCUCCACGUCCGGUACCUCCACCCCCCGCCGCGGGCGCCGCCAGCUGCCCCAGACCCCCGCCGUGCCACGCCCCCACAUCACCUACUCCCCAGCCAUACGACACCCCAAGCCCACCUACGGAGCAGGUCCCCCUGGACGACUCCGCUCCCCCUCCCCCCGACACUUCUCCCCCCCGGAGCACGACGGAGGGGGGUAUCACCGUCCGCCAUCGCGUCACGUUUCCCCGCUUGAGCACGGAGGGUCGAGGCACGGGUCUCCGAGAUCGGCCCGGCACCAGUCGGGGUCUCGUUCACCUCCGCCCCACCAUGGGUCACCCCGGUCCCCCCGCCACGGGCGCUGGAGCGGUCCCCCUCCCGGGGAUAGUCUGGAGAGCGAGGGCGGCCCAUUCUAUGAGCGUGACUGCGAGUACGAGCGCCAGCAUGAGCCGCCCGCCUACGAGCAGAGCCUCAGCAACCCACAUCCCCACGGCAACCCCCACCCGCACGGCAACCCCCACCCGCACGGCAACCCGCACCCACGCUCCCCCAGGACUGCCCGGCACGGGGGCGGCGUGGGCCCACCACCUCCACUUGCUCCCCCUCACCCCCGACGAGUCCCAAAUGGUUACCGCUCGUCUUCGCCCUCCCCGCACCGGCGAGGGCCCCCACAUCAACACCCCCAUCCAGGGGGACCACCCCACCGGUCCCCCCCUCAUCACCGGGUCCCCCAUGGAGGCCCCAGAGGCCCCCGGAAGGGCCUGCACGAACCCUACAGCGAGACGGACGAGGACGACUGGUGCUAGCACAGCGAAGGAACAGAAGAACGAGGGAGGAGAGGAAGAGAGGAAAAGGAGGGAGGAGAGGAGUCUCUCCGUCUCCCCGUCCUCUGUUCUUCGUUAUGCAGACUUGAAUGAAGGGUAAAGGGAUGCAGAAGGGGGUGAGGAAAGGAAAGGAGGAGAGGAGAAUUUGGGAGAAGUCUCUCCAUCCCUCUACCUCCACCCCUGAGACUCAGACUUGGAUGGAAUGAUGAAGGAUGGAGGGAUGGUUAGAGGAGAGGAGGCACACUGUGUGGGUGUGUGAGACUCUAAACUCAGAGCAAACAUGACAAAGAGAGACAGCUAUAAGGCAGAACUACGCACCUCUCCUCUUCUCCUCUGUCUCAACUACCAUACCCAGAGUUCUCAGCGUGCCCAGGGGGGAGUGGACCGAGGAAUGGUGGAGAGGUGCUGACGGAGGUGUGGAGAGGGAAGAAAUAACAAAAGAAUGAAAGGAAGGGAGGAGCAUGUAUAUUAAGUUACAAGUGGCCAAUGAAUGGUAAAUAUAAGCUCAUCUCCCAGACUGUUUAGGAGAUAGUUGGGUUAGUUAAGUUAAGCUAAACCUGGGUGCUCUUGCUGUUCUGUCAUUCUAUUCUACUAGCCUGAUAAGUGUUAGGAGCUAACAGCUAAACGCUAGCUAGCUAACACUGCUCUUGGUCUAACCUAGACGGACAUGUUUAAAAGAAAAAACAACGAAAACCCAUGCCAGGACCCCCUAUCCUUAUACACGCCAAGCUAUGCCUCCAGAAAAAUCUAACUUGAAGACUAAAGAACAGAAAACAAAAACAAACUUUGAAAAAAAAGAGGAGAAAAAAAGGGAGAACAACCACUUUAACUUAAACUUUCCUUAAAGGGACUGGACUAGAACCAGGAAGCUCCGCCUCUACUGCAAAAACCAGCCAAUGACAGAGCUGGCUGAUAUUUGAUGAGUUUUAUCAUCUCCUGUUUACUGUUACAGACUCACGAAAUGCUGACGACGGACCUGGUGUGACCUCACUUCCUGUGGGUGGGGCCUAGUG